GAGAGUUUUAUUUAAGAAAAAGGCUUAAUGCUCCAAGGUAGAAACUUGUCCGUAUUUAUUGCUUUCAAUGCAACUUUCCUUGAAAUACCAAACACUUUGAACGUUUCAAGUCUACCUGGCUUAGGUAUACAGUUGCCUGGAAUGUGACUGUGACAUUCUGAACUAUUUUCCAUAUUCUCUCCCUUACUCAAGAGGAAAAUAUUAUAUUUAAAUUGCAAUUAAAAAUACUUGCCAAAAACCUCACUUCGUCCAAAAAACUCCAACUUUUGACGUAUGAUAAAAUUAUAUAUUUCUCAUUUAUUGGGUCUUAAAAGUAAAAAAAUUGAUUGCCAUUUAGUUGAGAUUUUUUUCACCAAUUUUCGGUAAAACCUACCGUUAAAAAAUAAUUUAUUCAAGACUUCGUAAUUACACGUUCGGUACCUAUCGUUCAAAAUGUCUGGUUUGAAACCCAAAUAUUUUAGGAUUGAUGGGAUGUACCUCGCAUAGCCAUCACCUCUGGAAUGAAGUAAUUGUUAAUGAACUUGCUGCAAGAGGACACACUCUUACUGUUGCAUCGGUCGAUGAAAACCAUUCACCUCAUCCUAAUGUCAAUUAUAUUCAUUUCGAAGAGGGUUACAAUACGGUAUUGAACUAUUACAAAGAUUCAGAUGCAAACUUUGACACCUAUGGCCCAUUUGCCAAUUUAAGAUUGCUGAGUAAUUUCAAAAUACUCGAAUGCAAGGGAAUUUUGCAGUCAAUGGGAUUUCAAGAAGCUUCACACUUGAAUCAGAAGUUUGAUUUGAUUUUGUUUGAUAUAUCAGCUGGGAAAUGCAUGUUCAAACUGAUUCAGAAGUACCAGAAAAUUCCUGUUGUGGGAGUGAGUGCUUUCAAAAUGGAUCCGUAUAUUCUUGAGAUGCUUGGAGGACAUAAUUAUCCGGGUUAUGUUUCAUACUUUUUGGAUUAUAAGGAUAUGCCGAUGAAUUUAUGGAAUCGGCUCACCAAUUCAGCAACAUAUGCAUUUGCUUACUUAUACAGAAAAAUCAUUACCGAACCAGUUACAGAAGGUCUAUCUCAUCAAUAUGUACGUGGUCCGAAGCCACCGUUGGAUAGCCUUUUCAAAAGGGUGAAAAUGGCUCUAAUAAAUACACACCCGUCAAUGGACUCGGCCCAAUCAUUGCCUCCAAACAUCAUUGAAGUUGGAGGCCUUCACAUCAAAGAACAACGAAAACUUCCAGAAGAUAUCAGUGAAUUCAUAGAAUCAUCUGAAGAAGGUGCAGUUCUUAUAUCACUUGGUUCAAAUACUUUGGUGGAAACAAUUGGCAAGGAGAGGCUUGAAGCAUUUCUUACAGUCAUUAAAAGUUUCCCCAAAUACAAUUUUUUGUGGAAAAUUGAAAGGGAAGAUAUUUUUAAAGAUGUUCCGAAAAAUUUAUUGAUCCGCAAAUGGUUACCACAAAAUGAUAUUUUAGCUUAUUCAAAAGUUCGAGCAUUUUUCACUCAUGCCGGAGGUUUGAGUAUGCAAGAAGCUACUUGGCAUGGUGUUCCUGUGAUUGCAAUGCCUUUGUUUCUUGAUCAAUUUACUAAUGCUCAAAAUGCUGAAUCCAAAGGAUGUGCAUAUAUAGUCGAUUUUCAAACUCUCAACAAGGAAACCCUUUUUCAAGCCUUUUCAAAAGUUCUCAAUGAAAAAAGUUACAAAAAUCAAAUGAUGAAGUUACAACAAAAAUUCCAGGAUCGUCAAAAUGGACCAUUGGAUACAGCAAUAUGGUGGAUUGAAUAUUUUAUAAGAAAUCCUAAUGCAGACCAUUUAAAUCCUUCUUCGAGAGAUUUAUCAUUUUUCGUAGCUAACUCAUUAGAUGUUUUUUGUAUGGUUUUAGUCAUUUGCAUUGUUUUUGUGAUUAAUACUUGGAUCUUAGUGAAAAAUUGUAUACCAAUGAUUUCUUAUUCCAAGAAAACAGAUCAAAAAAGCAAAGACAUGAUUAAGAAAAAAUCCAAGAAAAGCUAACAUAAAUAAUUUUAAU